AAAAGGUUGAAGAUGUCACCUGGAGGCUUCUAGGGGUAAGAGAAGUGGCAAACAGACAAAGGGAUGUUCUUCACCCAACACCCAAUGUGGAUGGGGACAAAGAGUCAUGGUUGCCUGCAGAUAGAUAACCGGACACCUUGGAAAAGUCCCACACAGGGACAGAAGACUGAGAGGGAGGUGCAUUACACAACUUCAGUUGUGGAGGAAAAACAUCCAUUGCUAUUUCAAGGUGGUGACUCGGUUUCUGAAAUGCUUUCCAAUGAGAUUCUAAGCCGAAGCAAUUGGUGUUAAUAUGGCAACUUUCCAAAACUUACUGUAUGCUUUCCUAUUGUUGAAUGUUUUAAGUUAUAUUCAAGCAGGGGAUAAUUGUUUAUCAUGUUCAGAACCCAACAUUGCAGAACUUGGAAAAGGCAUUAUGAUUAAAUGCAAGAGUAAGAUACCCAUUCUUUUGAUAGGAUUGAAAUUCUGCCCCUUCAAGGGAGACAACUGUUCUGCCAAAGUCAUCAUCAAAGAACAUGGAAGCUGGACUGAAAAUGAAACAACUUUGAAAUUGUACAGCAAUUGUACAGCUUUUCUAAGUAUUUAUCCAAUAAAGAUAUCACAUGAAGGAAACUAUAUCUUAAAUUAUAUAACUGAAAAUGGUAUAAGUAACCUGACUAUACGUCUAGAGGUGUUUGCACCAUAUACAAGGCCUCAAAUAAUGAAACAGGAGGACAUACUUAUUUGUACAGCAUCUGAAGGUUACCCAGAGGAGAAGCUCUAUUGGGUUUCUAAAACUGGAACUAAUCUGAUCCAUAAAGCAACAUCUCAGUCGGUGAAAACUGAGGAUGGGUCAUUCAGCUUAAGCAAUACUCUUCAGCUGGAAUCUGCUCCUUCUGAAACUGAAUAUUGCUGCAUUUUCAACCAGACAAGAGUUCCUAACAGACAGACAGUCUCUGAAUGUAUGACAUUUGAAAAUGCUACAACUUCCACGAUUAUAACAGAAGAGACCACACUGAAUAUGACUGGGGCAAUAGUCAUUGUGAUAAUUGUUAUUUCAUUGGCUUCCAUUUUAUUGGCUGUAAUGUGGUGGAGGAAAAAGAGGAAAAAUGGUCUUCUGCAAGAUAAAACGGUGAGUCAGGAAUUGAUGGUUCUUAUUGCUGAAGAAGGGCAAUCUGUCAAUCUCAACUGCAAGUUUAUGCAUGUGAUUGAAGGUCUGUAUCUGAAACGAACCUUUGGAGACGUCACAAAUGUGCUUUAUGUUACUCAACAUGGUAAAAUCAAGAAAGAAGAUUCUGCAUAUGAAAAUCGCACUGAGUAUUUUGAGAUGAACAACACAGUCACAAUCACACUGAAGCAUCUGAAAGAGAAAGACAGUGAUGUAUACAUGUGUACGGCAGGCAUGGUCAUAAACAAUGAACUUGUGCAGAAGAAUAGCUCUCCUAUUCUUUUGGCAAUAAAAGAAGCUGCAGAGAAGAAGUUUGAAUUUCCCUGGAUGCUGUUUAGUAUUAUCUCUUUGUUAAUACUCUUGCUUUUUAUGCUGGGAUUUUAUAUCAUCGAUCAUACCAAUAUCAAGAAAUGCUUCCAAAAAAGACAUGCAAAGACAAAGCAAAAUUUUAUCUAUGAAGACAUGACAUACAGUCUGAGGCACAAGAAAUCUGAGCCUAAAAUAAAUCAAUAUGCUAUAUAAUAUUGAAUGCUGAAUAACAAAAUAUUCUUGAAAUUCCAACA